AUGGCACCGUUGAGACAGGAUAGCUACUUUCUGAUAUACCCCAGGUCAAGAACGACACUGGUACAAUUUGGAAUCGGAGAAGAAACGUUUGUUCCUCCGAGCUGGGAGGUACCCACACGGGUAUACAGGGACGAGGAGGGCCAACUGACGAGUUUUGAGAGCGCGGAGGUGGUGUAUCCGAUUGUCGACGGGCGGAUAGCGGACCUAGAUGGGCUGUUGUACUUCCUGAAGCUCAUCUACAAGUCGAUUCUCAGCCACUGGAUCGCGGAGCACCCGGACACGUGGGAGGCGCACGCGUCCAACAUCCCGAUGCUGCUGCUGACGCACUACUCGUGGUCGCAGCGGGAGCAGGAGCUCAUCACGCAGUACGUGUUUGAGGAGAUGCGGCUGAACCAUUUCAUGGUGGUUCCGGCGGCGCUCUCCAUCAGCUAUGCGUUUGGGUCGAUCCAGAACUGCCUUGUGAUCGACAUCGGGGCCACACACACGGACAUCGUGCCGAUUGUGGACUAUGUACCGCUGGACUACAUGGCAUACAGCGCGCCGAUUGGCGGCGACGACAUUAAUGCCAAACUGGCGACGCUUCUGCCAGGCUGGAGCCCGGAACAGAUAGAGGACUUGAAGAAGUCGCCCAUUUUUGAGGUGCUGUCGAAAGACGCGAAGGACCAGUCCCGGUUCAACUUCGACGACGACGCAGCCGAUGGGGAGGAUAAUGACGAGGGCACGCUGGAUGUUGCGGCCAUUGUGACAUCUGGCCGGGACACCCGGGAGAUCCUAGAGGAGCGGGAGAGGAACAAGAAUAAAGAACAGGUGUCAAACAGCCAACUGGAAACCAACGUCUUUGCUGACCGUACCGGCAAGCAGAUUAAUGUGGGCAAGCAGCGGUUCCAGGGGUGCGACGACCUGCUGAAAGGGAUUUCCCAGGCGUGCGGUAUGGUUCUUGCACAGAUCGACGAGAUACCCAAAAACAGGGCCAUUUGGGAAAACAUACUCAUAGCUGGGGCUACUUCCGAGAUCACUGGGUUCAGAGAAGCACUCCUGACGCAGCUCUGCGAAGAUAACCUCGUGCUUGAGCCAGAGGGGGAGAAGCACCAGCGCGAACAGGACAUGAUGGCAAGUAUGCCGAAGCAGCGGAAGAACAAGUAUAUAGGCAGUGCAAGCGUGUCUGGUGGCUUCUUAACUUCCUUGGAGUACCUACAGAGCCCUACGAUAAUAAAGUCUCCGAAGUUCCCUGACUAUUUCACCGAGUGGAAGAAGCACGGUUACGGUGAAGUAGCGUUCCUGGGCGCCCAAAUAGUCUCCAAGCAGGUAUUUGGCCAUUCAAAUGACUCUUUCUUCAUGACACGAGACAAGUACGACGAAAAAGGGCCAGCGAUUAUCUGGGAUGUGUGCUUCUAG